GGAAAAAUGAAGCUACCAUGAACUGCUGCGAUGGCGACAGAUCCACCUAUAACGCAACAAAUAACGAAGGAUCAUCCAGAGAUCAAGAGACCACCCGUAAAUGUUCGUCUUGAGGAUGUAGAGGACUGUUUGAUUUAUGACCGACAUGGAGUCUCAACUUUCUUCAAAGAGUUAUACCAAGACAGGAAAUCAGUCGUUAUUUUUGUUCGGAAUUUCUUGUGCCACACCUGCAAAGAAUAUGUGGAUGAUUUGAGCAGAAUACCAGCGGAAAUUCUAAAGGAAGCUGGUCUUAGACUGGUUGUUAUUGGACAAUCCUCUCAUCAUCAUAUUGAGUCAUUCUGCUCACUGACUGGCUACACUCAUGACAUAUACGUCGACCCAGAGAGAUGCAUAUACAAAAGACUGGGGAUGAGGAGAGGAGAGAUGUCUGUGGAAUCAGCCAAACCUAGCCCUCAUGUGAAGUCAGGUAUGCUGGUGGGCCAUAUGAAGAGCAUGUGGAGGGCCAUGACCAGCCCUAUAUUUGACUUCCAGGGAGAUCCUCGACAGCAGGGUGGAGCCAUAAUCGUUGGCCCAGGCUCUGAGGUCCAUUUUGCCCAUUUUGAUAUGAACCGGCUGGACCACAUGCCCAUCAACUGGUUGCUACAGCUGUCCGGAGUACAACACACACUGGACCUCAGUGAUAAGCCAAAGAUCAUUGUUGUGUAGCCCACUUGUGUAUCCUGCUUUGUUUUUGUGCCAUGAUGAAAAACAUGAAUCUCAUGUCAAUAGUAAAAAUGUUGUUUUGAAUACAAAAAACAGUCAGCCACCCUGGCUUGACACUGUGUUGGAGAUGCAUACUUAAUUGUCUGAUUAUAAUCAUGUACAUAAAAAAUACUUUCUUUUUC